AAGAGGCCCUUCGAGAGUGUCUUAACCAAAGUCAAAUUAAAGGAUCUAUUCAUUUUCGAGAUAACUCUACCUCCUAUAAUGAUGAUCUUAAUGUUGAAUAUAAUACACGAGUUAUUUAUUUUCCAGCAGCAUUUGUUCGUCCUACAGAUGUAUUUGAUGUUCAAAAUGUUGUUAAAUGUGCGACAAAUUUAAGUUUCCCUAUUGUUGCGAGGUCAGGUGGUCAUUCUUAUGAAGGCUAUGGAAUUGGAGAUAAAGAUUGCUUUUUAGUUGUAGAUCUUAAAUCAUUGAAUACAACUACUGUUGAUGUAAAAUCACAAACUGCUGUGAUCGGAACAGGAAAUAUACUAGAAUCAUUGUAUACCAGUGUUAACGAGCAUUCAUUUGCAUUUCCAGCUGGAACUUGUCCUUACGUUGGAGUAGGUGGAAUUAUGCUAGGUGGUGGUAUGGGAUAUCUUAAUCGAAAAUAUGGAUUAUCGUCAGAUAAUAUUCUUGAUGCAGAAAUGGUUUUAGCAAACGGAACAAUAGUUCCCAGUGUUAAGCAAUAUUCAGAACUUUUUUGGGCUAUUCGAGGUGCAGGAAAUGCAGGUUAUGGGAUUGUUACAUCUUUAACUCUCAAAAUACAUCCUAUUGAGAAUAUUGUAACUUCUAUAUCUAUUGAGUACGAUUUUGAUCAAGCACCAUUAUUACAUUCAGUAAUGAAUCAAUUGGGAAAUAAUCUUCAUCGAAAUUUAAGUCUCUUAUUCAGCAUUAGUCGUCGUUCAGUCCACAUUCAUGGAAUUUAUCUAGGAUCUGCAAAUGAAUCGCAACGCCAAUUACAGGAAUUUAUUGAAUUAUCUGAACCUAAAAAUGUAACAUAUAAUGAAAAUAAUUUGUAUCAUUCACUUCUUGAUGGAAUGGAAGAUUCUAAAAUCCAAGGUUCUUUUAAAGUAAAAUCUUACUUUGUUGAUUCGGAAGGAUUGUCUGAUGAAGGAAUUAAUUCUUUAAUGACAUUUUUGAAAAAUUUUGAAUGUAAAGUAUACUCUGUGAUGCUGUUGCUUGGUGGUGGAAGAGUCAAUGAUAUUGAGCGAAGGGAAACUGCAUUUGUUCACAGAGGUUUUAUGUACCAUAUGGAAAUUAAAGCAAUAAAUCCUACGGAAACGUGUUUACAAGAAUUACAAAGUUUUUCUCAACAAUUUCAACAAACUUAUACUAGUUCUGAAAGUUAUAUGAAUUUACAUGAUAGAGAAUUAGAUGAUUGGGAACAUAGGUACUUUGGUGAAAAUUUAGUGAAUACUGGUGAAAUUGAUGGGAUUAAAUACGUAUCAAAACAAGAUCUUUAG